AUGGUUGCCCUAGCCGUCCAAUCGUGGGUGCUGUGUGCCAUUGCAACGUCGUUGAUCUUGUCCAGAAUUAUUUCUCGCAGGUUAACGCUGCACUUAUGGCAUAAGUUGCAGGCCGAUGACUGGCUCAUGAUCUUCGUCCUUGUUCCCUUCACCGCAGCCAUCGUCCUCGCCAAUUAUACCUCAGGGACCGCGUCUGUCGAAGACCGGAAACUGAGAUUUGUGCUGGAGGAGUUGCAGAUCGUGACGACCUGGCUGGUCAAGGCGUGUCUUCUGAUUCUGUACUGGAGGAUAUUCCCCGCGGAUUUGGAGAAACGAACACGAUUGACUCUGCAAGUACUGUCGACGCUCUGCUGCCUCUCCUUCAUUAUCGUUCAGGUCUCAUUGCUUGCCUGGUGUCGCCCUGUGAAGGCAUACUGGGGCAUGACAGCUACUGAUGCACAAUGUGCUGCCUAUCAUGGCCACACAAUCAUGACCCUGAUAUUCACCAUCAUCGACACGACUUUGGUCAUGUUGUUGCCAAUUCCUUUCAUUCCGACUCCACGCCGACUCCUACUGGCGAUGCUUCUCUUCCUCGGUACAAUGGUCCUCGCUGCUGGUAUCGCAUCGAGAAUAUCUAUCCUCGUCGAACCGGCUUCGCUGACCUAUCUCCAUUGGUACACAUUCGAGACCUCUCUCAGCAUUGUUGUCGCCAACCUGCCCUUCCUUACGUCAUUGGUUGUCAGUGCCACACCAGCACGGAUACGUAACUUGUCGCGCACCUUCAAGACAUCGAGUAAUACUUUUGAUCGAUGGCCGCGCAGUCGGAGGGAAAGUUGGGCAGCUUCCAACCCGCAACGGCUACGGAUGGACAGACCGGACAGUACUACGACCAUUCCAAGCGCGCUAUCAUCGCCCGUUUGUACCGAAAAGACAUAUACUUGGGACGAACCAGAUGCUAGACAUAGUGGAGGUAGCAAGAAGUAG